GGCCCUUGGCUUGGAGCAGCCAUGAUGGAAGGCCUGGACGACGGCCCUGACUUCCUCUCUGAGGAGGACCGCGGACUUAGAGCAAUAAAUGUAGAUCUCCAAAGUGAUGCUGCCCUGCAAGUGGAUAUUUCUGAUGCUCUUAGUGAGAGGGAUAAAGUGAAAUUCACUGUUCACACAAAGAGUUCAUUACCAAAUUUUAAACAAAAUGAAUUUUCUGUUGUUCGGCAACAUGAAGAAUUUAUAUGGCUUCAUGAUUCCUUUGUUGAAAAUGAAGAUUAUGCAGGUUACAUUAUACCACCAGCACCACCAAGACCUGAUUUCGAUGCUUCAAGAGAAAAACUACAGAAACUUGGUGAAGGAGAAGGGUCAAUGACUAAGGAAGAAUUCACAAAGAUGAAACAAGAACUGGAAGCUGAGUAUUUGGCAAUAUUCAAGAAGACAGUUGCAAUGCAUGAAGUCUUCUUGUGUCGUGUUGCAGCACAUCCUGUUUUGAGAAAAGAUUUAAAUUUUCAUGUCUUCUUGGAAUAUAAUCAGGAUGAUGUAGAUGAUUUCUUUGAACAUGAGCGAACAUUCCUUUUAGAAUAUCAUAACCGAGUUAAGGACGCAUCUGCCAAAUCAGAUAGGAUGACAAGGUCACAUAAAAGUGCUGCAGAUGAUUACAAUAGAAUUGGAUCUUCACUGUAUGCAUUAGGAACACAAGAUUCUACAGAUAUAUGCAAAUUUUUUCUUAAAGUUUCAGAAUUGUUUGAUAAGACAAGGAAGAUAGAAGCACGAGUAUCUGCUGAUGAGGACCUCAAACUUUCUGACCUUCUAAAAUAUUACUUAAGGGAAUCUCAAGCUGCUAAGGAUCUCCUGUACAGAAGAUCUAGGUCACUAGUGGAUUAUGAAAAUGCUAAUAAGGCACUGGAUAAAGCAAGAGCCAAAAAUAAAGAUGUUCUACAGGCUGAAACCUCUCAGCAAGUGUGUUGUCAGAAAUUUGAAAAGAUAUCAGAAUCUGCAAAGCAAGAACUUAUUGACUUUAAGACAAGAAGAGUUGCUGCAUUCAGAAAAAAUUUAGUGGAACUGGCAGAACUGGAACUAAAACAUGCAAAGGGUAAUUUACAGCUGCUGCAAAGCUGUCUGGCAGUGCUAAAUGGAGAUACCUAAAUUACACUCCAUGUUCCUGUUAACAAGGGCUGCCUUCCUUUGGAUUAUUUUGUUGUUGUUGCUGUUGUUGUUGUUGUUGUUGAUGAUGAUGAUGAUGAUGGCCUCCUAACAUUUACAGAGCAUUGGAGGAAAAAAUCAGCUGAGAAAAUGCACAUAAUCUUCUGAUUUUAGACAAUGGAUUAAUACUACUCUCAAAUGAUUCCUGAGUAUAUAAUGCUACUCUGCUCAGAAAUACACAUAUUCACAUGUACAUUUAUUUAAUCACUGUAUACUUUUCUUGUUCAGAAACCAAAAGUUGUUUUCUUGUCAAAGUAGGCAAUAUGAUUAUGUUCAUGUUAUAAGUAUACUUACAUGCAGCUGCCAAUCUUAUUUUUUUAAUUAUCCAUUUGAUCAAAUGGGAUAUACAUUUCCCUUGGCUAUGUUUCAGUACUGUUACUAUAAAGCAUUGUUUACUCAUGUAUAUUUGCAGAGCAUCUUGAUUUAGCUUAUUUUUAGUUAACGAACAUUUCUUAGAAAUUUUAAAACAGAUGUUAUAUGAUCUCUCAUGAUUUUUGAAGAAAAGCAAAUGCAUUAGUAUGUUUGCCUUAACUUGUAGACUAAUCCUUAUUAUUGUAAAAUAAACAGUGAUAACAGUGAUAUUUUUAAACUAUGUAGUCAUUGUAUCACUAUGAAAUUUGCAAUUGCUCUAGUAAACCUACUCAUUUGUUAGGCUUUACAAUGCAGGUUCAGUUUUUAAAAGUGAUAUAUUGAACCAAGCACACCGGUCCCUUUGCAAAAAAAAAAAAAAAACAGUAAGUAAGGUAUACCUCUUCUCUCUUAACACAUUCAAAGAUAAACCAAUUUAAAUACCUAAUUACAAAAUAUGGAAGCACAAAGUUGACAUUGGGAAUUACAGAGCUUAGAUUUGGAUUUAGUCAUCAAGCUAGCUUUAUGGUUUAUGCUAUCUGACUGCCUGGUGCUUGAUUCCCCAACUUCUAGUUUGAUUUGAAUGAAGAUAUUUGGUAGAUUUUGGUUGAAAAUCAGUAUAUAGAAACAUUUGUUGUCACAAAUUAAAAUUGGUUUUAACCUU